GUUUAGACGACUGGACGUUUGAACUGAACUUGGCGCCAGACUCUAUCGAGUCUGUGGAUAUGCAAUGAACUGCUAUAACGAGUAAACGGUACGAGAACAUGAAAGAGUGGGAAAAGAAAUAUCUAGAGGGCAAUGCGAUAGAAGGGGAAGAAAAAGGACAAACGAUGCUUUCUGAGGCCGUUUUCGUAUGAGACUCAUACUAUGAGUGCCAGCUGUGCUGUGUAUCGUUAAACGUGAAACAAGGUUGACUGGAAAAUGGAUUAUUGUACAUUUUUGUUAUAACUUAUGUUUAUUGUUAUUAAUAUUAUUAUUAUUUUUAUGUAUGUGUACGUGUUACUGUUGUUAGUAUGGUCAGCUGUUUUUUGUUAUAAGCAUUUGAAGAAAUUGAAAUUCAAAGUGUCUAAUUUAGUUAUUGGAACAAGGAAUAAAUUAUUGUCACCUGCAGCAUCAUUUUCAUCUUCAUCAAAAAUGACGGACUAUAUUAGAAAUAAUCUGCGUGAGAACUUGCAUAAUUUAAAGUCUACGGCGAAUCUGCGACUUCCGUCAAUUCAACCGGCGUCGCAGUUACCCAACAAUAAUAAUAACAACAACAACAAUAAUAUCUCGUCCGACGAAGUGGAUAAUCGCGAGUUUCCACGGGCAGAUUACCGCCUGGAGUCUGUGAGACUGCAGAGCUACACCAGCUGGCCUCUGAGCUUCAUGGACCCUGCGAAAAUGGCAGCGGCUGGAUUCUAUUACACGGGCCACAAUGACGAUGUCAAAUGCUUCGAAUGUGGAAUCGUAAUGCGCGAGUGGGUAGAGGGUGACAACCCGAUGUCGGAUCACCAGCGUUGGCAGUCCAAUUGCCGUUUCGUAAGAAAAUUGCCCUGUGGUAACGUGCCGAUUGGUGUUGAUCCAAGUACCGUUCCGUCAGUGAGUCCUAGAAGCCGUGACGUAUGCGGUCGUUAUGGAGAUGAAUUCCGGCCUGGCGCAUCGCCAGACUUUCGUUCUGGCCAGACAGAAUUCCAGUUUCCCAGUUCUGCUAAGUUGGGAAGUCAAAACCUCGCCCAGCCCAAAGGACCGGCACAUCCGGAAUUCGCGAGUUACGACGCCAGAUUAAAAAGUUUUGAAUCAUGGCCCAAAUCUAUGCCACAAACCAAGGACCAACUUGCUGACGCUGGCUUCUACUACACCGGCACUGGUGACCAAACUAUCUGCUAUCACUGUGGCGGUGGGUUGAAUGACUGGGAGCCGAAAGACGAUCCAUGGUUCCAGCAUGCCAAGUGGUUCAAAAAGUGCUACUACGUCCUGAUGGUCAAAGGCCAAGACUUUAUCAAAAGCGUCAUUGGUCAGCCUGUCGCACCACCUUCUCGUGAGGAGACGAUGCAGAUGAAUUUGUCCAGCUACAUUGAAAAAUUAAAGCCACCAAUGAGUGUUGAGAAACCAGAAGAAGAACCCGAGAAGAAACCGGAGGCAGAAGUUAAGCCGGUUAACAAGAGUGCAGAUGACGCCCGUAUGUGCAAAAUUUGCUAUAACGAUGUAUUGGGGGUGGUGUUUCUGCCUUGCAGACACAUGGUGGCUUGUACUAGGUGCGCGGCGAGUAUGACUUCUUGUCCGGUGUGUAGAGAGCCCGUCAGUAUGACAGUACGUGCUAUAAUAUCUUAGUACCUUUACAUCAGCACUAUUCAUUAUAUCCUAAAAUUAUUAUCUAUGUAAAAAUUAAAAAAUUUUAAAUUAGGAUAUUUAAAUUUAAUAGUAAUUGAAAAUUAUUUGAAAAAAUUAAAUUUAAUCGAAUGAAAUUACCGCGUGACUCAUGACGUCUUGUAUGCGGGUAAAAUUCUAUGCCAAUUUGAAAUAUAAUCUUCUUUUGAUGUGAAGAAAUGAUGAAUAAUAUAUACAUGAGAACUUGCAGUAAUGCAUUGUUCGUAAGAUAAUGAGACAUUACUAAGUCGAAAACUAUUUGCCUUGUAAUAAAUGUCUUAUGUAAAGAAUAUAAUUAAAAAAUUAAUAAUUUUAAAAAAAUAAUAAUAAUAACAAUAAUAAAUUGAAACGUUUACACCUAAAAUAGUAAAAUUAAUUUUUUUUUAAGUUUGUGUCUUGAGUUUGAUAAUAUUAUUUUUGUAUUUAUGUAUUAAUUUAAAAAAUUUUUUUUGUUAUUCGUUUAUAUAUCUAAGUACCAUAGAAUUGUACCUGCAUAAUGACAUCUAGUCAUGAUAGUAUUACGCGUUACAAAUCCGAAAAAUAAUUUAUUUAUUUUUUUGUCGAAAGUUUUUUCUUUGUGUAAUCGUUUAGAAAUAAUAAAAGAAAUGAAAGUACACUUGGUUCAUUAUCAUUUGUACAUGUGAUUAUUAUUAUUAUUGUUGUUAUUAUUAUUAUUAUUCAGAAUUUGAUUAGCGUUGAAUAAACUAACCGGAAGCGCCAUAUAUUAAAUGGUAAUUUAAUAAAAAAAACUUAUGUAAAAAUAAGCAGAAGUCAGAUUUCGAUUCCAAUGACAGUUCUUUUAUUUGAAAAGAAAAAAUAAAUAGAAUGUAUAAGGUACAAGAUAUUAAUGAAUAAAAUGAAAAUUUAUUUUGUUUAAACUUAUUGUUUAUUUCAGUUUUUAGGAAAUUUUUAAUUGAAUCCUAUUAAGAAAUUACAAUUAUAAUAGUAAUAAUAGCAGUAGUAAUAAAAUCACAGUGACUAGAGAUUUUUAUAAUGAGUAACAUAAACUAACAAAGUGGACCAUUAUGUCUACGUCAGUGAAAGAUUCGGUUUAACGAUAACCGAUUUAAAAAUGUGAAUUGUGACUCAUGAAAAGAAAUAAACCAGACUAAAACGCGUUAUGACACGUUGAGUUUUCGAAAACAUUAUUAUUGCUAUUAUUAUUAUUAUUUUAAAUUUACAUAAUGUAUAUAUUUGUAUUAUUUCUAUUACAUAACAUUAUGAAAAAUGUUCCAAUGGCCAAUCCCACAAGCAUCAUAUAAGUUGCCAUUUUAUACAAUUAAAAUAACGCAUGAAAAUAGUAUUGAAGUAAUUUAGAACUAAAUACUUUGAACCUUCGAUUAAAUUGUUUUAUAAGAACUCUUCUAGCAAUAAGAAAUAGUAAUUUAGAUAAUCCUUUUUUUAUGAUUAUAUUAUAUAUGGGCUUAGCGGGUAAUGAAAGAAAAUCAUGCUUUGUAAUAUAAGAAUUUUCCUCUUAGUUUAAUUCGCAAGUGAUCUAGUGAUUUUAUAUGACUUAUAAUAUCGUAAUAUUUUUUUUUAAAUAUAUACAC